AUGGACAAGGCCAAAUUAUCUUUGCUAGAAGACACAAGUUUGAAUCCUAUUGAGAACAUUUUGAGCUUUGGAGAGCAAGGAAUGGAGCUAGUAGUAUCACGGCUCAAAGUCAAGUUUUGGGUCAAUGGAGGAACUUAUGGAGUAACUCAUGGAGCUAGGGAUGACAGUGAAGGAAUAAAUCAGCUUAAGAAACAUUUGUUUCAACAUUUUGAGACAAAAGAUCUUGGAAAAUUGAAGUAUUUUCUUGGGAUUGAAGUUGCUCAAUCCAACCAAGGUAUCCAUGUGUCUCAGCGGAAAUAUGUUUUAGAUAUUCUUGAAGAAACAGGAAUGACUAACUGCAAACCGGUUGACACACCUAUGGAUCCAAAUGUCAAACUUCUUCCAAGACAGGGGGAGCUCUUAUCCGAUCCAAGCAAGUAUCGGAGAUUAGUUGGUAAGCUACUGUACUUGACUAUCACUCGGCCAUAUAUCUCUUUAAUUGUAAGUGUAGUUAGCCAAUUUUUGCAAGAGCCAUGUCAAAGUCAUUGGGAUGCAGCCAUCAGAAUUUUGAGAUAUGUGAAAAGGUCUCCUGGAACAGCAUUGCUCUACAAAGAUCAUGGACACACAGAAAUUGUUGGCUAUACAGAUGCAGAUUGGGCUGGAUGCCCUUGGGAUAGGAGAUCAACAUCAGGAUAUUGUAUUCUACUUGGAGGAAAUCUUGUUUCUUGGAAAAGUAAGAAACAAAAUGUGGUUGCACGCUCAAGCGCAGAAGCAGAAUACCGAGCAAUGGAACUUGGAACAUGUGAGCUAAUUUGGGUGAAACAACUUCUUAUAGAACUCAAACUCUACCAGCCCAGUCCCAUGAAAUUAAUUUGUGAUAAUCAAGCAGCGCUACACAUUGCAUCUAAUCCUGUAUUUCAUGAAAGAACCAAACAUAUUGAGGUUGAUUGUCACUUUGUACGAGAGAAGAUUGCAUCCGGAGAUAGUGUUACCACUUUUGUUGGGUCAAAUGAGCAACUUGCUGAUAUCCUCACCAAAUCUCUCCGUGGACCUAGGAUUGAGUUCAUUUCUAGCAAGCUAGGAGCAUUUGAUUUAUAUGCUCCAGCUUGA